UAUCAUUUGUCAGCCCUGGUGGCAAUGCUCGCAGUCCGAUCAUUUCAGUCAGUCGCUUAUUCACGCGUCCUCUUCCCGUACCACCUUUUCAAUCUGUCCUCCACCACCUUCCACAUCUUCCACCAACCGCCCUGAACGAUCUGCUCAUUGCCCAGCAUGGCUGCGAAUCAGCGAAUCGUCAAGCUCAAGGUCAUCAACGAUCUAAUCUGCGCCAACUGUGCCAUAUCACACCAUGAGCUUCUCACUGCGCUGAAGCACUGCAAAGAAGACCUCAAACUGCCCCUGCAGUUCGACAUCGAGUUCCUUCCCUUCCGUCUUAUCCCCACGACCACCAUUGCCCAAGAUUACGAGCCGAAGAUCGAGAAGGCUCAAUUCUACGCCAAAUCUUUCGGCGAGGAGAAAUUUCAGAAGCUGCAGGAGUCCGUCGCGAAAUGGGGUGAAGAGAAGGGUGUGCCCAUGUCCUUCCGUGGUGUUUUCAGCCAGUCCACUCGCGCCCACCGUCUAUCAAGAAAGGCAUAUCAUCUCGGCGGAAUGAAGCUCCAGAUCCCUUGUCUCAUGACUCUCUUCCGUGUCCAUUUACAAGAGUGCAAGGACCUUGCGGACGUCAAUGUGCUUGCUGACGUCGCUGCUGAGAUCGGUAUGAUGAGCAAGGAAGAGGCCGUUGCCUUCCUGAAUUCCGACGAACUGGUGGACGAAGUCGAGGCCAUGUGCGAGACCGCGAAAGCGAAGGGUGUUACCGGUGUUCCCUUCACUGUCAUCGACGACAAGUGGGCCAUCUCUGGCGGCCAAGCUUCAGAUGUUUAUGUGCAGGCGAGUGAUCGGCCCUAGCGUGCGUUCAGGCCACUGAUAGUGGUCCCAGAUCUUCAAGAAGCUCGCCGGGACCUGCCCCGGAAACAACAUUCCUUCCUCGUUUGGAUCGCCGUUGACGCCCACACAAACUCUUGUUGCCUAAGAGUCUCGUUUCGUUGUCGUGGAAUGUUCUGUUUCUCGGACACCCCGUGUCCUCCAUGUUGUAGCAAUCAUCAUCCCUGUACAAAUUCUAUCAUGUUGCUUUCGUUUGGGAAGGCCAGGUUUGGGAUAGUCUUAUUCUCUUUCUAACACGAUUAUGUGCUAGCGGUCGGCUAAAAGGGGAGGAGAAAUCGAUCUACCGAACAUCGGGUGACUCCAGUGACGACCGGUUGAUGACGCACUCGCUUGGUAUCUCUUGCAUGUUGCAAUCACGCAAAACAGAUGGCAUCUCGAGUGCCUCUGCCUCCUGGCCAGAGCAGCAUCAUGACGCUUUGCAAACAAGUGGAAACAUUGGGCCACAUAUGUAGAAUGGGGGACCGGGGUCGCCCGAGAUUGACUGUACCCCCCAAAAAGGAAACCAAGUUCCCAUAUGCGUGGGACCUAUUGUAAACUGAUGAACUACGUCAUGGACUCGCGGGCCGUCGUUUUCAGCGCCGCUCCACUCUUGGUGGAUGUCAUAAAACCACAGGUCGUCAUGUAUUCACAAGACCUUUCCUUCUUUUGCAUUUCCUUCAAACCGUCCCCGCUCGUGUGACCAAUGUCCCGCCGUCAUCAAUCCAGACACCCGCACACUACCCGGUCAGAGGUUGAGCACUAUCAUCCCCAAUGGUGGUACAUCUGGAUUCCCCUCUUCGGCGCGUUCAUCUGGUUCGGCACGAUCUUGUCGAUGUUGAUAACAUGGCUGGCUCAGGGCGGAACCGGCCGUCCGCGAUAUCCCUCUCAGGACUCGUCUGUUCCGUAUAUAUCUGAUGUUGGCGCGGACCUCUUGAAGCCUCUGUUUGUCACGGGCUGCUGUAUCACGGCUGUCGCGCUCGUCGUUUCCCUUUCCCUCGAGCGAUACUUGCGACACUCUGGGCGACUGAUCCCCGCGAUGCGAAGGAGAGAAAAGGUCUUCAGCACACUGGCAGUUCUUAGCGCCUUCAUUGGCGGUUUAGGGAUUAUACUGCUAUCCAUCUUCGACACGAAGCGCUUUCCGACUCUCCACGAUAUCUUUCUGCUUGUCUUCAUGGUCGGCGUGGUGCUGUCGGCAUUGUUCACCUGCGUCGAGUACCGCUGGAUCAGUCACGACUUCCGGUUCAUCCGCGAGCUCCGCAGGGCCUAUAUCGCCAAAGGGCUCAUCGCAUUCAUCCUCGUCGUACUGGCUAUCGCUUUUGCCGCGACAUUCACCUCGUCUACCAGCACCGGGGCUAUUUUGGAGUGGACGAUUGCGUUGGGAUUCACCUUCUACAUGCUUACGUUCUAUUACGACUUCCGCAUGGCGCGCGGCGUUCACCGAAACGAACUCACACCCAGCGCCGUUGAAAACCAACGUCGGUGGGUAAAUAUGAAGCAAAC